CUAUGGUGAGGUUAGUGACGUUAUAAAGUAUACUGCUGUUUCAUUUGAAGAAGUAACGUUACCCGACUUGUGUCCUCGCGUCCUCGGGAGUUCGUUCUUCCAAGUCUGAACUUGGCAAAUCUGAACUUCCAAGGACGCAAGUCCGAACUUUGCGUACUUGGUAUUUGUACGUCGUCCGGAAGUAAAUGUGCGACUGUCUGAGGUGAGUUGGUUGCUAUGUAACGUGUCCCGGAAGUGAAUGCGUGUUGUAGUAUGUUGAAUCAUGGCUGCUGCGACAGUCAAUAAUAAUAGCCGUCACAAAAGACAAAAAUGCAGCGAGAAGCUACCUUUACAAGACAGAGAGAUUAUUAAACCCUCCAUAACAGAGCUCACCAAAGAAGUGCGGACCAACAUCCUCUGCACGGUGGAAGGAUGUGGGAAGAUUCUGCCCAACACUCCAGCACUCAACAUGCAUCUGGUCAAGUCUCACAGAGUCCAGGAGGGUCUGGUUAACCCUACGAUUAGAAAGGGCGAUAAGAAUUCGCAAAAGCUGUACUGUUGCCCAAUUGAAGGAUGCCCAAGAGGACCGAACAGACCCUUUUCUCAGUUUUCGCUUGUUAAGCAGCAUUUUAUGAAGAUGCAUGCGGAAAAGAAGCACAAGUGUUUAAAGUGCAGUAAUGGCUACAGCACCGAGUGGGACCUGCGGAGACAUGUGGAGGAUUGUGGGAGGACAUACAGCUGCACAUGUGGUUGUCCUUAUGCCAGUAGAGCAGCACUGCUGUCUCAUAUCUACAGAACUGGUCACGAGGUUCCCAAGGAGCACAGGUAUCCACCAGUAAAAAAGAGGAAAAUGGAAAGGUUGUCAAGUGGGGCAACAAGUUUUUUGCUCGAUGAACAAAUUGAUGACAUGCCUGACUCUAAGAAAAAGCUUACUGAAGGAACAGCUACUACCAUACUAGUCUCUGAAGCCCCAGACGCAGCACAAUACAACACUAACCAACCUAGACACAUCCAGAAGCUUCUUCUCCCAAAGCCCAAAGUGGCCCUAGUGAAUGUUCCUGUUAUGCAGUUUGCCCACCUGCCUGUUCUCCUCCCCUCCACAGAAAGUAGUGCCUUGAGGUCAUUGGUCUUGUCUUUGGAUGCACAAGGGUCCGUAAGCACUGUGCAUAUUUUGUCACCAUCAAUCGGCACAAUGGUGCCUGAUCUGAACAAUAAAACUUUCAAAGAGACCUUUCCUGUUUCUACAUUGGGCCCAGAAACUAUCAGCACAGGAGUACAGGUCAAUCUUGAGAGUCAAGCCUCUGUGGAAGAUCCGCUGAUUGAUCAUGGAAUCAAAAGCAAAAGCACUUCAACAAACAUUCAGACUGAUAUAACAUACCUCAACAAAGAGAUGGGUACUGGACCAGAGACUGUUUCCCUCAAUGAGGCCUCAGUGUCCUCUUGCUCACAGACAGACAUAAGUGUAAGUGCUCAAAUUCAGCUGCCUAUUAGUGUACAAACCCAAACGCUACCCUCACGAAUCAAAGCCACGUUUUCAAUUGGGGCACAAACAGAUUUUUUCAGUUUCUCUUCCUUUAAUGUGACCCGAGAAACACAAACAAGCUGCUCUGUAGCCCCAUUGAAUGAAAGCCAGAUGGACCAAGCAAUGUGCACAAAUCUUUUUGACCCUGAUACACUCAGUGUCUCCACUCAGACUGCAACUGUUGAUGCUCCUUUCAGAACCAGUGGUUUAGAAGGUCCUCUCACCUGCACUGGAGCUGAGCUUUUUGAGGACAAAUCUUCUGCAUCUAUGUGUUUUGGGGCACAGACUGACCAAAACACAGUUGCAGACAACCAGACUCAGACCAUGAUACUCUUCCGUGACCUUGAGAAUAUACUCUCUGACAGCAUGUCUGGGGCAACUUCGAGCUGUGCUUCAGGUUUAGUUGCUGGGCAUGAAUCACAAAACACAGGUAUAGACUUUGACUUCGAGGAGUUCCUUAAUGCAACCCACAUUCAAACUCAGACAGAAGAAAGUGGCCUGAAUACUCUGAACACAGAGACGACUUUGGAGCUCCUGGACAUCGAGACACAGACUGACUUCCUGCUCUUUGAUAACCUUGGUAAUGGGCACAACAGUGAUGUUGGAACAAGGGUGCAACCAAAUGAUCUAGAGCUUGAGAUGUUUGACACGCAGACCCAGACAGAUCUCAACUUCUUGCUCGAGACAAGUGGACACAUGCCCCUUGGCAGUAUCCUUCGACAGUCUAGUUUCAGCAUGAGCACUGAAUCCUCGGACACAGAAACACAGACCGACAUCAGGCCCGCUCCACUUUCUCUGCCUUGCUCUCAUGAUGGUCAGGUUAGGCUCAGCAGUGCUGAAACCCAGACCAUUUCCAGUUCUUUUCACAGCCUGGGUCACCUUUUCCACACUAGCAAUGAGACCCAGACAGCAGUGGAUGACUUUCUUUCAGCAGACUUGGCCUGGAACAUGGAGUCUCACUUUAGCUCGGUGGAAACCCAAACGUGUGAGGAGCUCCUCUCACUGUUUCGACACACUGAAAAAGUCAAAGACUGAGGGCCUCAUAAGGGUCAUUUGAUCUAGUUUGAGUCAUUCUAGUAUCUUCUUCAACAAGGGUGGUAGAACUUAAAGCAAGGGUUCUCAACUUCAGCCUUUGAGAUCCAAUAGUUUGCAAUUUAGCUCCAACCUUGAUCAAACUCAACUGUUCUAUUACUUCUUAGUAUUCCAGAACACAUUAAUCAGCUUAUUCAGGCAUUUCUGGAUGAACUAUCCCUUUACAAGCACUCCCUCAAAACCAAGAACUUAGUCUGUCCGAUAAUAAUUGUGUGUAUGCACUUGUAGAGCCUUAUUUUUGACAAAAGUCCACUAUAAGGUAUUGCGCAAACACUUUACAAUAAGAUUCCAUUAGCUAAUGUUUGCUUAUGUAUUUACUAAUAUAAACAAAUAAUUAUUAAAGUUCAUCUUUUCAACAUUAGUUAAUGAAAAAUAUUGUCUACACUGUAGGUUCUCUCAGUGCGUUAACUAAUGUUAACAAGCACAAUUGGAUUUUAAUAUGAGGCAUAUGUUAUGUUCAUGUUAGUAAACACAUGAACUAAUAUUAUCUAAAGCAACCUUACUGUAAAGUGUGACCGUUAAUUGCAUAUCUGCCCAAAUCUAAGGAUGUAUAAAUAUACAUUUUCAGCACUUUAUCAUCUCACUGUUAAUUGUUAACAUUUCGGUAGUCUUAAAAGUAUUUUUUUUUUUGUUGCACUAGAUCAGGUCAGAGCCUGUGUAGUAAGUUGGAACUGACGUUACUACCGUUUUGUGUGCGUGUGAUCCUGUGUGCACAAGUGUUUGUGUGUAAAAAUGCCAAACAUUCAUUCCACACGUAAAAUGUCUUGUCUGUAAACUUUAAAGUAUGAUAACGUUUAGAAGUCUUAUUUCAUUGUUACAUCCUUUUUUCCUAAACCUGAUGCUGUUUGUUUGCUUUGUGCUAUGAAACCGACAUGUGUUACUCUUGUUAGUGCAAUGCUCUAAUAGUCACUGUGAGUAUAUUUUAGUCUUGAUUCAUGACAGAAUUCUUGCAGAUAUUUCUUGCUGACUGUUAAUGGCAAAUUCAGUUUAGUCUUUAAAUCCUAAAUCGGUCGAAAUCGUAUCUUAUGCAUGUUUCAGAUGUCAUUUUCCUUAAAAGCGAAACCGGGCUGGCACAUUGCUCUUGUUUACUGUGAUUUGCAUUCUGUACUGUGAGUAGAUUCAAAUACGCAAAUCACAGGAGUUUACAGUUAAACCAAACCUUGAAUAUUUCUUUAAAAGCAUGUAUCAGUUUUGAUGGAAUACGUUACGUUUAUCUUGCUUAUUAAUGUUAAAUACUGAUUUACAUUUACUCUAUAAACCUUUUUGUUGAUGCCUUAAUUUAAGUGUUUUUAUGCUUUUGAUGGAGAAACUAAAAUCACGUUGCUGCUUAUUGGAGGACAUGCAGAUUCGCUGUCCUUUUGGUUGUGUUUUAUUUUCUUCAUUUUGUUAAGAGUGUUUAUUAAUUGGUUUUGGCUCUUUUGAAUGCUUCAUCUCUACAUAAGUGGGGUGUAAAAUUUCCAGUAUAUUCACUACUCAUUGGCCUUAGUAUACUAAAUAUUAAAGCCAAGCAUAGCUUUAUUGUCAUUGUGUGUGUGUGUGUGUGUGUGUGUGUGUGUGUGUGUGUGUGUGUGUGUGUGUGUGUGUGUGUGUGUGUGUGUGUGUGUGUGUGUGUGUGUGUGUGUGUGUGUGUGCGUUCGUGAGAGAGAGAGAGAGUGUGAUUUUUUUUUUUUUUUUCUUUUGGGGAAAAGUGUUUUAGCUUGAAUAUCCCAUUGAUCCGUAUGUAAUUUGUAUAUAGUGGAAGUUUAACAAGUAGAAUGUAGGUGACGCAGUGUCUGUUCCCUUUAUGACGUUACAUUGGCUGCUUCUGAACAUUGUAACUGCAAAAGAGCUUUAGUAUUUUCAUGCCAAGCAGUAGGCACUUAUAUUCAGCCACGUGUUAAUCAAAUAUUAUUUAAAUCUCUGAAUAAACAUUGCAGAUCAAUACGUGUUCCAUUUGUUUAGGCAGUGAUGUCAUAGUAGAAACUGUUGUCUUAGAAUACUUGAAAGAGUCCAGCUAAGCUCAAGUGUUUCUCUGUAAAGAGUGCAUGCCUUGUUUUUUUCGCCCUUUUUUUGGUGCCAAGAAAGACUUUUGUGUUGCAGUUUUUGCCAUUAUCAACGUAUGUGUCUUAUUUAAAUUAGUAUGAAACCUUACUAAAAUUAUCUAUAUUAUUAAUGAUAUUGAUGAUUUUUUUUUUUUUUUUUGUUCUUUAGAGGCUGGUCAUGUGAAUUAUAUGGCUAUGUUCUGUUGUUACAGCUAUGUUGAUGCACAUGGAACUUAAAAAUAAACUGAGGAGAAGAAUG